GGGAGCAGAGUGUCUCUGGCUGACCAGUGGGCUGCUGUCAGAUGAGAAAGGCCAAGUUGAGCUCCACUAUGUCAGAGGACUUUCCAAAGGUUGGGUUGAGAACCAAAGUUUGAGUUGCAGGAUGAUUGAAAUGGGUCCUAGAAGGACAUUUCAGUUAAAGCUGGGAACUAGCUAAGCAUGACAGCACACACCGCGCCAUAGGAGUCCGGUACUGACGGUGUGGGAGGAGUGAACAGGGAAAGGAAGCAGAAGAGGAAGAAGAGAGAGCGUCUGGACACUCGUUACCAUCAGAGCAGAUGGGUGAGACGGAGGAUGAGCGUACAGCGCAGGCCAGCGUGCUCUUUGAGAACUUUGUCAAGGCAUCCACCUGUAAAGGGACUCUGCAGGCCUUCAGCAUCCUCUGCAGGCAGCUGGAGCUGGAUCCUCUGGACUACAGCAACUUCUACAGCUCACUGAAAGCUGCAAUCAGCACCUGGAAGGUCAAGGCCCUGUGGACCAAACUGGACAAGAGGGCACAGCACAAGGUCUACAACCAGAAUAAAGCCUGCCACGGCACCAGGUGCCUGAUCAUCGGCGGCGGUCCUUGUGGUCUGCGGACAGCCAUCGAGCUCGCCCUACUGGGAUGUAAGGUGGUGGUGAUCGAGAAGAGGGACACCUUCUCCAGGAACAACGUGCUCCACCUCUGGCCCUUCACCAUCCACGACCUCAGGGGCCUCGGAGCCAAGAAGUUCUACGGGAAGUUCUGCGCCGGCACCCUCGACCACAUCAGUAUCCGCCAGCUGCAGCUGAUGCUGCUCAAAGUGAGUCUGAUUCUGGGAGUGGAGAUUCACGUCAACCUGGAGUUCGUCAAACUGGUGGAGCCGCCGGCAGAGCAGACCGACGGCAGUCCUGGGUGGCGAGCAGAAGUCCGGCCCUCCAGCGCUCCUGUCUCAGACUUUGAUUUUGAUGUAGUGAUUGGAGCCGAUGGACGCAAAAACACAUUAGACGGUUUUGGUCGCAAAGAGUUUCGAGGGAAGUUGGCCAUCGCCAUCACGGCUAACUUUGUCAACAGAAACACCACAGCAGAGGCAAGAGUGGAGGAAAUCAGUGGCGUGGCAUUCAUCUUUAACCAGAAGUUCUUUCUGGAACUCAGGGAGGAGACAGGAAUUGACCUGGAGAAUAUAGUUUACUACAGAGACAACACCCACUACUUUGUCAUGACGGCAAAGAAGCAGAGCCUGCUGGACAAAGGAGUCAUCAGAAAUGACUACAUAGAAACGGAGCGACUGCUGAGUGCUGACAACGUCAACCAGGAAGAAUUGCUCUCGUACGCCCGCGAGGCGGCCGACUUCGGCACAAACUACCAGCUGCCGUCCCUGGACUAUGCCAUCAACCACUACGGGCAGCCGGAUGUAGCCAUGUUUGACUUCACCAGCAUGUACGCCUCAGAGAAUGCUGCCUUGAUCAGGGAGAAACACGGACAUCAGCUCCUGGUGGCACUGGUGGGAGAUAGUCUGCUUGAGCCUUUCUGGCCGAUGGGUACAGGUUGUGCUCGGGGGUUUCUGGCAGCCUUCGACAGUGCUUGGAUGGUGAGGGGCUGGGCCCUGGGCAGGAGUCCUCUGGAGAUACUGGCUGAGAGGGAGAGUAUCUACCGGCUGCUGCCUCAGACCACCACGGAGAACAUCAGUAAAAACUUUGAACAUUACGCCAUUGACCCCGCCACCCGCUACCCCAACCUCAACUCCAGCUGUGUACGCCCACACCAGGUGCGUCACCUGUUCAUUGACGGCCAGCAGGACUCCUGCCACCUGGGAAGAGGAGGACCCACACAGAGAUCAAUGAACUUGUGCGGAGGAGCGUCCGAGGUGCGUCCUGGCCGGCUGCUGACCUGGUGUCAGAAGCAGACUCAGGGCUACAGAGGGGUCGACGUCACCAACCUCACAUCUUCUUGGAGGAACGGCCUGGCCCUCUGCGCUCUCCUACACCGCCAGAGGCCUGAGCUCAUUGACUAUGACUAUCUGAACGAGGAGGACGUGGCGGGGAACAACCAGUUGGCGUUUGACGUGGCUGAGCGAGAGUUUGGCAUCCAGCCGGUGACGAGGGGAGAGGAGGUGGCUGCUGAGGCGGAACCAGACAAGCUGCUGAUGGUUCUCUACCUCUCCAAGUUCUACGAGACCUUCAGGAACUCCCCAGGAACCAACAACGGUUCCAGAGAUGAGAACAGUGAAGGAUAUCCAGCAAAAACCAACCACAAACUGUUGAACCUGCCUCAGACCAAGAAGAGGAUACCCAGGGAUGACAACAAGCUGGAAGAAGAUUCUGUUAACAAGAGGCGGCGAAAGGGCAACCACUACCUCACAGAGUUGUCUUGUCACAGUGCCCCCCCUGCUGGUGAGGACGGGGAGCUGCGGGAGAACAAGGUCCGCUCCAUGGCAACUCAACUGCUGGCCAAGUUUGAGGAGAACUCCUCGACUGCAAAGAUACAUAGCAAGUCUGAUAUGGAACCAUACGAUCCCUCCUUUUCUCCUCCUCUGUCUCCUUCCACCACCCCACAUCCUUCCUCAGAGGAGGAGGACGAGGAAGACGAGGAAGAGGAGGACAAGGACCUGGAGGAGAGGGAAAACCCACGUUUUGCAAAGCCCAAGAAUGUCCCCCCUCCUCCUCCUCUGCCUCCCCCUCGCCCCAAAUGGCAGCCCUCCAUCUACCUCCGCCUACUGGAGAAUCCCAGCGCUGUGGCUCAGCAAACCACUGUCCUCUAUUCCCCCAAAUCUUCUCACAGUCGCUCUCCUUCACCCUCGCGGUCUAAGAGUCCAUUAAGUCCUCCCCGCUCACUGAGCCCUAAUGUUACUGAACAUUACUACCCAGAAUGCACUUCUACUGACGUGACAACCAGUCAUUUCUCUGCUUCUACUCUUUCUGCUUUGGACCGUUCCUCUGAGAGGUCAGAGGAGUCGAUGCAGCAGAGUAAAGCCCAGAGACUGUCUGCUGGAGAAUAUUCUGGGAGUAUAAAAGAGAGAGCGGUCCUCCUCUCCUCCAUGUUUCCUGGGUCCAACAAAUCUCUUCCUGCUCCUCGUUCUCCAUCACAGGUGGGGCUAUCUACCUCUUCACCUCCUUCCUUGUCCCUACCUCCUUCUGCCUCUCUAUCUAAGAGCCCUGUAGUCCACCCUGUAGUCCACCCUGUAGUCCUCCCUGUAGUCCACCCUGUAGUCCUCCCUGUAGUCCUCCCUGUAGUCCACCCUGUAGUCCACCCUGUAGUCCACCCUGUAGUCCACCCUGUAGUCCACCCUGCCCCUGACCCCACUGCCCAGGCUGGUUUCUCCUCUGUCUCCCUGUACACUGCUGGACACAAGGACAAGAUACAGAAAGGCUCCUCUACUCCCUCAUCUCAUUCCUCCACAUACAACAGAUCCUCUGCUGGCCUUUCUUCGACUUGCUUCGAUGAGAGUCAGGAGAUCUCCUCUUCCCUCUCUGAUAGCAACUGUGAAAAUGCACAGAGCAGUUCAUCUCCUCAUCCAGUUUCUUUACUGCACGAGGCAAGCUGUGAGAGUUCUGUGAAUAAUCUGAAAAGUGAGCAGGAGAAGGUCCACAAAACUGCUCAGGAGACAUUUGAUGAUAAGAAAUUAACCGAAAAUGAUCUCAUGAAGUGCAAUGGGAGCUGCGCUCUUGAGAACCCUAGAAGAAUCACUCAAAAGUCAAUUGUUGGCUCUGAGAGUUGUCCGACUGGAGCUGCUAGUUACAUUAAAGAGCGUACAGUGGGAAAGGUAUCAUCAGCCAUAGAUGCUAAAGCUCAGAUAUUGGCCGUCCUGUAUGAGACAGACCACAGACCCAAUACCACGCCGUGUGUGGUACGUAAGGACCUCCCUCCUGGGCUCGGCGGCAGUGACGUCUGCCACUUCUGCACCAAGCGGGUGUACGUGAUGGAGAGACUGAGCGCUGAGGGCUACUUCUUCCACCGCGAGUGUUUCCGCUGUGACGUCUGUAACAGCACCCUCCGCCUGGGUGGGCACAUCUUCGACUCUCAGGAGGCGAAGUUCUACUGCAGGAUGCAUUAUGCCCAGUGCCAGUCCAGCACUCACGUGGGGAGGUUCAGAAGGAGAAUGGACGACCAACGGCGUGUCACACCCUCGUCCUUGGAUAGUGGGAGCUACACAGCGACGGGCAGCGUCCAGAUCCAACCCUCAGGUGGGGCGUCCAGCUUGCUUUCAGAGCAGCUUGAUAAAGGUCAGAAAAUAGUUCCUGAAGACACAGAGAUGGCUGUUGAAGCUCUGGAUGAUACAGCACAAGAUGCUCGAGAGGCCAAGGGCCAAAGCCAGGACAGUACCAAAGAUCACAGCAACAGCAAACAGAAUAAUCGAUGGAAACGGAAGAUCAGAGGGACCUUCCCUCUGAUCAUCAUCAAGCACUUCCACAGAAGCUGGCCUCUGGACAAGGAUGGACCAGAGACUGUUCCUGAGGCGGCCUCUGAAUUUGAGGAGAUCACUUCAGCAGAAAACCACACUAUUUCUGACGUCGGUUCCAAGACAUCAGCAGAUACCCAGAAUCCCUCAGAGGGAAGUGAGAAGAGCGAAGAGCACUCAGCUACAAUAAAGAUGGUCAACAACUCGUCCUCACCAAAGAAACGCUUGAUGUUAUCUGUCGCUGAGAAAGAGAAGCUGCUGAACUGGGACGUGCAGCUCACACCAGAGGAAGCUCCGAUUAACACAAACACCAUAUACACACAUCAACAUAAGGACCAGGUAAGAGCAGAGACAGAAGCAGAUAAGCUUCAGACAGACUCGGGCCAGAACGGGGAACCAUCCCAGAGCCAAACCUCGGCCUCGGCCCCCUCAGCCUUCCAGCUUAUAGCAAACGCCUUCAGGAGGACAUUUAGUGUGACCAAUCCCUCCAGCAGGUCCAACACUGCACUCACAAUGAGGACCAAACGGGACGGGCCGCCCAAACAGAGGCCCGUGUCAGAAGGAGCGUUGAGCUUUAGCUCCCUCCCCGGCACCGUGGGUCCAGAGCCAUUCAGAGAUGAGAAGAAGGCCGGCAAAAGUGAAGCUCGAUGGGCAUCUGUAGGGGCCAACCCGUGGGGGGCCGGGCGGGACCUGCCCUCUCUGCUGCAGCAGGUGUCCCUAAAGGGCCGCAGAGACUCUGGGGGGAUGUUCUCUGACGACAUGGCUUCGUUGCCCAGCAGGAGGGUCAACUUGUUCUCAUCCCUGAGGCUGAGGAAGACGGAGGAGUCAGAGAGUGAGGGGCAGGACCAGGAGGUGCAAAAGGAAAUCAGGACGAUGCUCACCAACCUCAGAAACAAAGCCUCCAGUCAACAGAAUCUUCAAGAGUCUACCUCUAGUGAGGAUGAAAAUGAAAACCUGACAUCCAAUCAGAAGCUGUGUCCAGAGAGGCUGAGGAAGAAGCAGGAGAAGACGGUGGCCCAGCAGGCUAAAAGAGAACAGCUGAAGAGGCUUCACAGAGCUCAGGCCAUCCAGAGACAACUGGAGGAGGUUGCAGAGAAACAGAGAGAUCUGGAGGAGAGAGGAGUGGCUAUAGAAAAGAUCAUAAGAGGAGAAACAGAAUCCUCUCCGACAGAUGACAGUGACGAGGCCCAGCUCUAUCAGUCCUGGUUUAAACUUGUUCUGGAGAAGAACAGAUUGGCGCGCUACGAGUCUGAAAUCGUGAUCUUUGCUCAGGAGCUUGAACUUCAGGACACACAGAGCCGACUGCAGCAAGACCUACGACGCAGGAUGACAAUAGAAGAUACAAAGAAGAGCGCCUCUGAGCUGCAGGAGGAGCAGGACAUCCUAUCAGAGAUCAUGAGGAUGGUGGAAAAACGAGACAUGUUGGUCGCGAUACUGGAGGAGCAGAGGCUGAAGGAGAAGGCUGAGGACAGGGACCUGGAGAGCCUGGUGCUGUCCAAGGGCUACGACUUUCACUGGGCCCAGGUGGAUGACAGCUGGGGGCUGGAGAAGCUGGAGUGAAGGUUGAGCACCUCAGUGGUAAAGAGCAGGAUGGAUAGUAAAGUACUGUAAGGCUCUACAUAACACCAUUUUAAAGAAACAGGGUGAUAUUUUACCACACUAAUGUGUCUGGCUUAUUAUCAUAGAGCCACAAGUAAGAUAAUAGUCAGCUAGCGGGUCAUUGUUGUGAAAGAAUCCCCUUCAGGGUGAUGCUGCACCCUGAUGCGAAGCAGAGGGGUCUUUCAUCUGAUUGACCAAUCAGAAUGGAGUAUUCUACAAUGCUGCGUAAUAAAUCUAGAUAAUGUGGCGAGGAUGGAAAUGUCAUGAAAGCCGAGGUGUUUAUUCAACUUAAAGAGGACAGCAAGGCUUCACCUAGUCUCACUUAGUUCUGGUAUGCUGAGUUCAGAGACUGAGGAAGAAUGGAGCUAAUGACGUCCUUCACAGCCAUGAGGACUAGUAACAUCUCUGCUGUUAAGGGUAUUUGACCCCCGUGCUCAGAAGGGCAAUUUUUCAUGGCCCAGGCUGACAUGGACCUGAUACUGGAUGUACAAUAUGUUUGACCACUUCUAAUGAUGUCACUGACAUUUUGGCACACCUCAUAAACCAAACGGAUUACCUAAUGAACAACUGCUUUAUGUGGCUGCUUGUGGGAUUGUUGUGACAGAUCUGUUAUUAGUGUAACACUGUAUAGCAUCACUGGAUAGCACAUGUAACAACACUUUCCCUCAACUUUUAGUGUUUUGCACAGCGUGGUUUGUUUUAAAUUUGUGUCCUGA